GAAAAUGUUGAUUCUCACGAUGUGAUGUUCUUUUCCCAUUACAUUCAGAGAUUAUGGCUUAUCAGUGAGAAACCCGAAUAUUACCAGUGACAACCACCACUUAUCCAAGACUUUUGAAUGCACGCUAGAUUAGCGAAUGUUCCUCCCAUAUUUCAUAUAGGCUAUAGCUACCUCUGUAGACUUCGAGCAUCCAAUCCGUUUCCUCCUCUUUUCUGAUCUCACAAUGAACGAAACUUACCAGCUCUAACCGUGUCGAAAACACCCGUUAGGAAAUACGUACAAACAUCUCCUAUAGACAUCACAAUAUUCAACAAUGGCUCUUCGUUAUCCAAUGCGCUCUCGAAGAUACAAAUUCCUCAAGGCCAUAAUAUGUGUCGCUAUCACAUUUAUCCUCGCAACUAGGAUUCCUCUUCCCGAUCUCACAAAACGGCGCUUCGAUACCUGGAUAUGGGAUCGCAGCUGCCACAAACUUUCCCCUUUCAGCAAAACAUGUACGGCCUCGCGGGCCUCCAUCGCAUCAGAUGUGCAAAUCGUGAUUGAGACCGGCGGCUCGGAACCCCAAAGUAGACUUCAGUACCAACUUGCGACCAUUAUGUCCGAGGUUCCUCGUCAGAAUAUUUUGAUUUUUUCGGAUUUAGAAGAAGAGGUUGAUUCUUUCCACGUUCAUGAUGCGCUAGCUGAUAUCUCGAUACGAGAACGAAAGAAUUACCCCGAAUUUAAGUUUUACGAUGAAUUGCAGAUGUAUCAACAGCUGGGGAAAGAUACUCGGGAGCUCAAAGGUGGAUGGAAAUUGGCCAAGUACAAAAACAUGGCUAUAAAGCGAAAGAUCUGGAGAAUGCUAGGAGAAACUAAUAGUGCUCUUCCAAGAAGAAAAUGGUACGUGUUCAUCGAUACAGACACUUUUGUCGAAUGGGAUAAUCUCCUUGUGUUAUUGGAGAAUUUGGAUCCCCAGAAGAAAUUAUACAUAGGAAGUCCUGUCUGGGCUGACCCCAAAGCACCAUUUGCUCAUGGUGGUAGUGCAUAUGCUCUCUCGUAUAGUGCUUUGGAGUCUCUCAAUACGCAUGACCUAGAUGGCUAUAGAGAGCCAAUGUAUAGUCAAUUCGGCGUGAACACAACAGACUUGUGUUGUGGUGAUGAAGCUCUUGCGAAAGCAUUGAAGAAAAUCGGCAUCAGGCUUAAAGGCUAUUGGCCAAUGUUCAAUGGAGAGGUACCGUCAACUGUUGGCUUUGGGAGCGAAAUUUGGUGUGAGCCGGUACUCUCGUUACAUCACCUCGCUGGAACAGAUAUGGAAGACUUAUGGCUGUGGAUCGAAGAUUGGAAAGCCCGCACAAUGAGCAUGGUACAUAAACUUUUAUUUUACCCCUUUAUAUCCCGAUCAAAUAAUGAAAAUAGAAUGCAUCAUGAACUCAAGAAGUCACUUACUCAUCUAUGAAAUGUCUUAUAUGAACAUCUUUUCAACCCCCCUCUCAAUUCCAUACGUUGCUAAACAUAUUCACGCAGCAACCAUUCCUAUUCAAAGACUUAUUUGAGUACAUCGCUCCUCAACUAGUCCCACGAAUGAAUGAUUGGGAAAAUACAGACGAAGGUUGGAAAAUAUAUCAUCAGAAAGGCUCUCCAGUAUCCUUCUCACAAUGCAAAGCGGCCUGUGUUGCAGAUAAGCUAUGUUUUCAAUUCGUUUCUCACGACUCUACCUGCGCAUUGUCCCAUACAAUCCGGUUGGGUGGAAAGCGAUUACCCAAAAACGAAGACGAUCACAAGUAUAUCUCGGGAUGGAAUUUAGAGAGAAUAAGAGAAUGGACCUCGAAUACGAAGUGUACCAGUGCACAUUGGCUACAUUCGAAUCCUUAAGAAAGGGAUCAAUAUAAAUGACGUCGAAUAGA